UGUGAUUGUUCGCCUUCUAGUCUAAUUAUAGAGAUUAAUCACGUGACCGAUCUAACCAAUAAUAAUCUAUCCCAGCCACGCUAUGUUACUAACCAAUCGGCUUAAGUUAUAAGACCACGUGAGCCCUUUGGCCAAUCAAUAUUGAUAUUGGCCAUUAUGCGCUCGGAUUUUCUACUUACAACUGCUAAUUCAAUAAAUUGAGAUUAUUUUCAAUAUUUACGCGUCUUAACGAUGAAACGUGGGGGAAAACGUAGCAGGACGGCUACAUUGAGCGCCUGUCCCUGCUGCGAUGGGUCUACAGCCACCCCCAAGCCUUCUAAAAGGUCAAAAUCGUCGGCGCCUAAUGAGGAGCCGGCCCCGGUCACAGUUGAAGAGCUCGCCAUUCCCGAUGCACCGAGCAGACGGCUGGUUAGUGCUACCACAUCCAUGGUUCCCUCCCCUGCUGGUCAAAUCCAAAAUCAACACUGCUCAGAGGUUCGGCAGGACACGUCAGCUGUCCAUCAGCCACUUCCCCUUCCACUCCCAUUGGGACGUCCAGGCCUAAAUGCGGAACCGGCCAUGCCUCUAGUGGAUUAUGACAGCGACUCAUCAAGAUCAUCGGAUGAGGACCAUGACCUGACUUUUCAUCAGGCUGUUCGUUCACAUGGGGCGGACCUUCUACAAGGUACGGGCAUGUUGUAUGCUGAACCGAUCAGUACCCCAAUUAUCAGCCAAGUUAAAAAGUCGGUGUGCAAAGACAUCUGGAAAAACAAAUAUGUGGACUUGGCCCUUCUACUACCAUCGGCAAUGUCUGGCCAGGCCACCCAAUAUACCCUACAAAUGGAUAGAAACGCACAAAUAUCCAUAACACCUAAAUCAAGCUCAAGGAAGAUAACCAACAUUGAGCUCUGGACAACCGCUUUCCUCCGCUUUAUAGCGGUUUAUACGUUAAAGUUCCCGGCAGAGACUCAAGCUCUGCUAAAAUAUGCAGAGAUCGUUAGAGACCUUGCAACCCGUCGUCCGGGCUUAGCAUUUUCGUAUUACGACAACCAUUUCAGAAUCCUACGGGAAACUAUUCCACUUCCAUGGGACCGACUCCAUACGGAGUUUUGGCUCAUGGCAAGCACGUUGGCCCCCUCCAUCCCCUCUUUUCGUCCCCAAAGACCCACCCCAAAACCAUCGUCGCCAGUCAAAAGAUUCCUUGACAAAACCUGCUUCCAUUAUAACAGACGCUCCCUCUGCCACGUCCCUUCUUGCCCACACCCCCAUGUCUGCGGCUUUUGCAGGGGUUCACACCCAGCUUACGAAUGCUCCUUCUUCUCAAAGGAACACGCUGCCAGAGCCCCCUCCACCCCCAAACCCGCUGCACAGCAUAAACAAGCCAAAUAAAACAGCUGUGGUUACCCCUAUUUACAUUCAUAAACUCUCCCAAUUUCUGUCAGGUUACCAAUGGGCUAACUAUUUGAUAGGUUUU